AGUUUCUCCGGUUUGUCGAGUUUCUCCGGUUUGUCGAGUUUCUCCGGUUUGUCGAGUUUCUCCGGUUUGUCGAGUUUCUCCGGUUUGUCGAGUUUCUCCGGUUUGUCGAGUUCUGCGUCCCGCGAACGCCGCGAACCGUCGGCGGCGAACGCCGCGUUUGGGUGGUGCGGUGAGAUGGCGUCGGAGGGGGUGCAGGGCUGCGCAUGCGCAGAUCCCCGCGGUCAAAAAAUAAUGCCGUCAUGUGCUACAGAGCAACACAUAAUUUGGUUCAUACAUCCACAGGGUCGAGCCCAGUGCAAUGGAGCACUCCCCAAAUCUCCAACUGCCUCAGUGAUCACAGUCAGAUGCCGG